AUGGCGCACGUGGUGCGACUCGCGACUGACAUCGGCAUUCGGCAGGAAGGCAGCGAGGGCUUGGAUCUGGGCAGAGCGUACAUUCUCGACGAGGUCCGGCGACUCAAGGCCAAGGCGUCGCCGCGACUUAGGUUCGAGAUCGACGACAGUCGCGUGAGCGGGUCGUUCCACAUGAACUUCCUCUUCCGCAGCCUCACCCUCGCCUACCAGAACCUCUCCAACGUCGUCGUCAGAGUAUCGGACGCAUCGCUGCCCGUGGACGCGUCGCCCUCGAUUCUCCUCAACGCGCACUACGACUCGCCGCUAGGCUCGCCCGGCGCCGCAGACUGCGCCUCGUGUGUCGCGACUUUGCUGGAGGCGUUGCGCGCGAUGGCGGAGGGCGGCAAGGUGCCGCGCGCGCCCGUGAUCUUCCUCUUCAACGGCGCGGAGGAGGUCUUCCUCAAGGGCGUGCACGGGUUCGUGACGAAGCACCCGUGGAGCGAGACCGUAGGCGCCUUCAUGAACUUCGAGUCCUCCGGCUCCUCCCUGCCAGACCUGGUGAUUCAGAGCGGGCCCGUGAUGUGGCCCAACCGCGUGUACGCCGAGUCCGCCGUGCACCCCUCCGCCACCGUCAUCACGCAGGACUUCUUCCCGCACGUGCCGGGCGACACGGACUUCCGCAUAGUGUCAAAGGACUUUGACGACGUGCCGGGCAUGGACUUCAUGAUCAUGCUGCGCGGCUACUUCUACCACACGCCCUAUGACGUCGCUGACAAGAUCAUGCCGGGCGUGUUGCAGAUGCGGGGGGAGAACCUGUUGCCGCUGCUGGAGGGGCUGGCAGCGGCGCCGGAGCUCAAGACGCGGCAGGGCAGGCGCGAGGCGGCGGCCAAGGGCGAGUCCAACGCGGACCAGGUCCCCGUGUUCUUCGACCUCUUCAAUCACGUCAGCGUGUUCUACCCGCGCCACGUGGCCAUGGCGGGCAACGCGGCGCUGCUGGGCGCGCUCUACCUGGUGCCGUGGCUCACCUCGCCUGCUGCCUCAGGCUACGCCACCGUGGCACAGCGAUGCACAGCACUCGCCUCAGCCGCCUUCGCGCAGGCGCUGACGUGGCUGAUGGCGUUUGUGGUGCCGGUGCUCGUGGCGGUGGGCAGGAUCGUGCUGUCGGGGAAACCCCUCGCAUGGUACUCGAGUCCCAACACGGCCUUCGUCAUGUUUGUGCCAGCAGCCAUCAUCGGCACACUGCUGCCACACGUGUCCAGGGCAGGCGGCUCCUGGUCCAAGCCCGCUCUGCUCUCGCCACAACAGGAGGUGGCCUUCUGCUGGUCGGCGCACUGGGGGGGGCUCAUGUACUUCGUCUCACUCGCCAUGAUUGUGACCCUGUGUGGAGGAGGCGGGGGCUACAUAGGAGUGUGGUGGUCGCUGUCACUGCUGCCAUCGCUCUUCAUAUACAACAAGCUGCAGAAGAUGUUUGGUCACUCCAACCCCAUUGCGCUGCUGGGCUACUUGCUACCAGCAGCGGUGCCGUGUGCGUACUGCAUCAACUUCUCUGCCUUCUACACAUUCUUCAUGGCUGAGAAGAUGGGCGCCAGUGGCGCCGCGCCCUUGCCCUGGGGUCUGUUCGUGCCGGACAUAGUGCUGGCGUGCUUCAUCGGCAUUGCCGUGUGCAUCAUAGUGGCGCCCUUCGCGCCCAUCCUGUCGCGCUGGAUCGCGCGCCCCGCCUUCCUGCGCGCGCUGCUGCUCAUCAGCGUGGUGGCAGCGGCGCACAUCUGCACGCUCUUCCCCUACUCCACACACGCGCCCAAGCGCGUCGUCAUGCAGCGCGUCUACACCACGCAUGGCGGCUCUGUUGAUGGCGAGCACCCACCUGUGACGAGAGCGGAGACGACGAUAGCGACGGCGGACUGCAACGACGCGGCGUUCCUGCUGGCCACCAUCCCCGGGCUGCAAGCAGCGCUGGCGCAGCCAGGCAACCACUCCGCCAUGACCCUCGCCAACAAGGCCAACCUGCGCGCGCUCUACCCCAUCUCGGACCUCAUAGAUCGCUCAUUCACCUUCCCCGCGCCCCCCUCGCCGCGCCUGUCGAGCCCAGGGUUCCGCUUCCCCUCGAUCCAAGUGAUCAACGACACCACCAUGCUGCCGCCCGCCCCCCACCACUCGUCCUCGCUGCCCCUCGCCCCCAACGGCACCACCCUGCCUCAGGCGCGCCGUCGCCUGCACCUGGAGGUGCACGCAGGGUCGUUGGACCAGGUGUGGGCGUCAGUGCUCAACAUCACGGGUCCUGUCACCGCCUGGUCCCUCACCCCCACUCUGCCUCCCCGAGAGGUGUCGAGAGGAGGACCGCCGUCCCUGAUGGUGCACUACAAUGGUGGUGGGCCGGGCUUCAAAUGGCAAUUCUGGGUCGAGCUGGCGGCAGGGCAGCAGUUGAAUGUGGAGCUGGCAGUGCUGGACCAAGUAAUGGACGACGAUGUCUCCCACAUCGCCUCUGUCUUCCCGCCAUGGGUCGCUCUAACAGCCUCCUCCUCCUACAUCUCUUACCACUCCUUGUAG